AGUUCAUAAAACCUGGAACUACCAAAAAUACGGCCCUCUAUUAGUAUUCCAUUCAUACCGCUUCACAGCCAUUCAGAUUUCUAAUUUAUACAUGGCAGUGUGUUGUUUGCACAUGCAUAGAACGAGUCCUCUCCAUCCCAAAUAUUUACUCUAUAUCGGAGGGCGCCUGCCCUCCAGUCGCUCUUUGUCCUCCAACGCGGAGGGUCGUUGCCCGCGCGGACGGCCAUUUUUAAAAAUAAAACUUUGCGUCACGCAUCCGCUCUAAACCAUAAACUAAAACAAAUCAAGCGCGACACUUUUAAAAUUAUAAUUUCUUGCUGAAGCCGACACAAGUGAUAAAUUCAUUAUUUGUAUUUUAUCAACGCGUGCAUAAAUUGUUUUUGCAUAAAUUAACUUUUAUUUAGGCAAAUUAAAAAGUGGAAUUAUAAUUGAGAUCAAAACAAUGAUCAGUUAAUUCAAAUGCAAAAUAAUAUCAAUGCUUUAAGAAAUUUAAAGAUAUCCAGGACUUAUAAAAUGGAUUGGCGCGAGAAACUCUUUGGGAAAGUGUUGGUAAAGUGUUCUUCGGGACAAAAUGGACAAUUUGAGAAUAUUCCAACUUUGGAAGCCUUAAACGACUGUGCGGAAGAAGGGGAAGGUGUUGUUUGUGGUAUUUACUUCUCAUUUGCUAACAUUAGUGACGAAAGUGAUGAUUUCGGUGUGCGUUUGGAGGAGGUGUAUAAGAAAGUGUUUCCAAGGCUGAAGGUUGUGGAGGUGGUGUUGUGGGCCCAUGUGGGGACACCGGAGGGUCCAGUGGAGAGAGAAGCUGGAUUCAGGAGGAGUUUGACCGGGAAGCCGUGGUUUGCUGUGCCCUUUCACGAUGUGGAUACUAAACGUCGCCUCACCCAAAAAUACAGCAUCGCAGUAGGCGUCCCCACCCUCAUCAUACGAGGGCGGCCAGUCCGUGCCGCCCUGCUAGCCGAUCCAACCGCCUCCGGCUUCCCCUGGCCCGCGCCGCCUUUACACGAGGUCCUUAGAGGAGUCCAGCUUCAAGGUCCAGAUGGGACUAAAGCCUAUGAGGAUCUGGGAGAUGCUGUUAGAGUGUUCUAUUUUGCUGCUCAUUGGUGUCCGCCAUGCCGCGCGUUCGCUCCAAGCCUCUGCGCAGCAUUAUCGGCGGUGCGCAAGCGACGCGCCAAGUACGCGAACACACAUCUCAUACUCGUCUCCAGUGACAGGAGCGAGCAAUCCUUCACCCGCACAGUCCAGUCCGUGUCCUCGGUGGGCGCUCUCGCUGUGCCCUGGGACGCCGCCGAAGCCCGGGCGGCGCUCCCGGCGGCCCUGGGAGUCGCUGGGAUCCCUGCCCUGGUCAUCACGGACUCGGCAGGGAAGGUGCUGACUGUGAACGGAAGACAGCAUCUUGCUGGAGAUCCUUUAGGAUUGAACUUCCCUUGGGCGCAGCGGCCGGUGUCGGUGUUGACCGAACAGGCGCUGUUGAAGAUGGCGCGACAUCCCGCAGUCGUAUUAUUUAUAGAUGACGAAGAUUCCGAGAUAGAAUUCGCCGAGUCCGUCCUCACGCCCUCAGCGGAGUCCUACUACGAGGAGUGCAGCAUCCAGUUCCCAGGCUUUUGCCCGUACCAGACCUCCUCUGAUGACGAGACCAUGGACUUCGACUAUCCCACGUCACGGGCUCAAAAGAUUAAGAAGAAGCCGUUUAAACACGUCAUGUUCUACAUAGGCAUAGACGGCACGGAAGCCGCCGACAUGCUCCGCGAACACGUCGGGCUGGACGACGCCGUGCCGCUGCUCACCGCCGUCGACUUCCCCAAGCGGCGCGCCGCCACCAUGCGCGUCGGCGCCGCUAUCACCGCCGACUCCACGCAGCACUUUCUCGACGCUUACUUGAGCGGUCAGGCGGCGUGCGUGCCUCUACAACCACAGACGGAUAAAUGUUAG